UCUAGCCCGGCACCCUCUGACCCUCAGGCCUGAGGUGUGGCCUCGCGGCCACCCCCGCAGCAAAACCGGGCACUCGGCCUCCCCCUGAGCCUAAUUAGGCCCAGCCUUUCCGAGCCAUGCACUGGGAUACACCCGCCCCGCAGCGGACCCCUAGGCCUCCCUGCAGCACCCCGUAAUGAAAUCCACUGGGGCGGGGAAGGCGGCGGCAGCGGCAGCGGCAGCGGCAGCGGCAACUACGGCAGCGGCGACGACGGCGGCGGCGACGGCAUUACUGCCCCAAUCUAGAGACAUCCAAAAAGAGGAGGAAAAUGGCUCCAAGCAGGGACCGCCUCCUGCACUUUGGGUUCAAGGCGACAAUGUUCUCAAAUAGUGAUGAAGCUGUAAUCAAUAAAAAACUUCCCAAAGAACUCCUAUUACGGAUAUUUUCUUUUCUGGAUGUUGUUACCUUGUGUCGCUGUGCUCAGGUCUCCAGGGCCUGGAAUGUUCUGGCUCUGGAUGGCAGUAACUGGCAACGAAUUGACCUGUUCGAUUUCCAGAGAGAUAUUGAGGGUCGAGUAGUGGAGAAUAUUUCAAAACGAUGUGGGGGCUUUUUACGAAAGUUAAGUCUUCGUGGGUGUCUUGGAGUAGGAGACAAUGCAUUAAGGACCUUUGCUCAGAACUGUAGGAACAUUGAAGUAUUAAAUCUAAAUGGGUGUACAAAGACUACAGACGCUACAUGUACUAGCCUUAGCAAGUUCUGUUCCAAACUCAGGCAUCUUGACUUGGCUUCCUGUACAUCAAUAACAAACAUGUCACUCAAAGCUCUGAGUGAGGGGUGUCCACUGUUGGAGCAGUUGAACAUUUCCUGGUGUGAUCAAGUAACCAAGGAUGGCAUUCAAGCACUAGUAAGAGGCUGUGGGGGUCUCAAGGCCUUAUUCUUAAAAGGCUGCACACAGCUGGAAGAUGAAGCUCUCAAGUACAUAGGUGCACACUGCCCUGAACUGGUGACUUUAAACUUACAGACUUGCUUACAAAUCACAGAUGAAGGUCUCAUUACUAUUUGCAGAGGGUGCCAUAAGUUACAGUCCCUCUGUGCCUCUGGCUGCUCCAACAUCACAGAUGCCAUCCUGAAUGCUCUAGGUCAGAACUGCCCUCGGCUUAGAAUAUUAGAAGUGGCAAGAUGUUCUCAAUUAACAGAUGUGGGCUUUACCACUCUAGCCAGAAAUUGCCAUGAGCUUGAAAAGAUGGACCUGGAAGAAUGUGUUCAGAUAACAGAUAGCACAUUAAUCCAACUUUCUAUACACUGUCCUCGGCUUCAAGUAUUGAGUCUAUCUCACUGUGAACUGAUCACAGACGAUGGAAUUCGUCACCUAGGAAAUGGGGCCUGCGCCCAUGACCAGCUGGAGGUGAUUGAGCUGGACAACUGCCCACUAAUCACAGAUGCAUCCUUGGAGCACUUGAAGAGCUGUCACAGCCUUGAGCGGAUAGAACUAUAUGACUGCCAGCAAAUCACACGGGCUGGAAUCAAGAGACUCAGGACCCAUUUACCCAAUAUUAAAGUCCAUGCCUACUUCGCACCUGUCACUCCACCCCCAUCAGUAGGGGGCAGCAGACAGCGCUUCUGCAGAUGCUGCAUCAUCCUAUGACAAUGGAGGUGGUCAACUUUGGUGAACUGAAUAUUUAACUGACACUUCUAGAGUUACCGUGGAGUCUCUCCAGAGGAAGCAACCUGUGUUCUGGACAAGGAUUACAAAGUGAGAGCAGUGUUCAGAUCCCCAGAGCCACACAUACAUAUGCAUACACACCCUUACUCCCAUCCACUCUAGCUCUGUGACCAUGGGACUAAAAUUUGUGCUGGCUUUAAGUGGAUUGGUAAAACUUAACCAUUUCCAUUGGACAUGCCCAGAAGAAAAUCAUAGGCCAAGGUAGAGGGAGGGGUCAUUCCAGCAAACCCAUUGUUACUGCUACUGUGGUUUCUUUAUUUUGUUAAGGGGUUUCUUUGGGGAUUUUGGAACAGUAACUACAGUCCUUCAGGGUCAAGGGAAGCAUGGAAAAACAACAAAUGAUGUAUCCAGGGACCAGAAAGAAAAUUUAUUUGCAUCCUAGAAAUGGUAGCCAUCCAUUGUAAGAUGACUACAGAGCUUCUGUGCUUCCUGUUUCUAUGCCAACAUGCUGAGCAUGCUCACAAAGAAGGCUUGUCCAUUCCUGCCGUGUUUUAGUAUUUGGCCCAGGGGUUUCCUAAAUGGCUACAUUGAAAUCACUGUGGUCCAAACAUGAUUACUUAUUCACUCAAAUUGUCACUAUCUGUAUCACACUUAUGCAUCUGUCUUCCUUUCUCCCUUCCUCCUUUCUGCACUUUUGCUCAGUCUGUCGUACCUGUUCAUAGUCUGUCUACUCACACUCAACUGUUACUCUUUUGUGUUUACAGUUUGCAUUUUGGAUGAUUAGUUUGGGUUAUCAAA